GAUCGAUUGCCGGCAAAAUGAAACCCGUCUCCAGGAAUUUUCUCCACACGAUUUAUAAUAAUCACGUUCUUAGACAGAUUAAAAACGCUUCAUCACUUAAACGUAUAAGGAAUUUCAGUAUAUCUUCUGACGGCACAGAUAUCGUUUGCCAUGAACAAAAUCUAAACGAGAACUACUGCCAAAGACGCCGUUACUCAUUUGUCCACGACACUAAUUAUUUACGUUUGGGCAAAGAUCUUCGAUCGGACGAUGUUUUAUUCGAAAUGUUUCAAAACGAGAAAUCGCAACUCCUUUCUAUGGGAAAAUUUUUGAACGCGUUAAAAAAUGCUGGUUUAAGAAAAACCGACCCUAGGCUUAAGGAAAUGAUGGAAAAUUUGAAAAAAAUAACGCGGAAAAACGUUGACGGUUAUUCGAUUGACACGCAAAAAUUGAGUUUGGAACAAUUUAAAAGUAUCAUAUCGCCAAACAUUGGACUAAUAACUAGAGCAUUUAAGCGCCAAUUUAUACUUCCCGAAUUUCAAGAUUUUUGUAAAGAUAUAGAGGAAAUUUACUGGAAAUGCAAAGACAAUACCAAUGGAAAGGUUGCUUCCUACAUCCCUCAAUUGAAGAGAAUGAGCCCGAACUAUUGGGGAAUCAGUAUUUGUACGAUCGAUGGCCAAAGGUUUUCGGUUGGUGACGUAUCGAUACCUUUUACCAUACAAUCUUGUAGUAAGCCUUUAACUUACGGCAUCGCUUUGGACCUUUUAGGCUCCGAAGUUGUCCAUCAGUACGUUGGACAAGAACCGAGUGGUAGAAACUUCAACGAAUUAAUUCUGGAUCACAAUAAAAAGCCACACAAUCCCAUGAUAAACGCAGGAGCCAUCGUAAUAUGCGCCAUUUUGAAAACAAUUGCCGCGCCUGAAAUGACAUUAGCGGAAAAAUUUGAUUUCACCAUGAACCAUUUCGAGAGAUUGGCGGGCAAUGAAGAUUUAGGUUUUAAUAACGCUGUAUUUCUUUCGGAAAGAGAAUGCGCGGAUCGAAAUUACGCGCUGGGAUUUUACAUGAAAGAACAUAAAUGCUUCCCUCAAAAUUGCAAGUUCAAGGAGUGUAUGGAUUUUUACUUUCAAUGUUGUUCCUUAGAAGCUACGUGCGAUCAAGUAGCAGUAAUGGCUUCCACCUUAGCAAACGGCGGCAUUUGUCCUUUAACUGAAGAAAAAGUACUGAAACCGGAAAGCGUACGCGAUGUUUUAUCUCUCAUGCAUAGUUGCGGAAUGUACGAUUAUUCGGGACAGUUUGCAUUUAAAGUCGGUGUCCCUACGAAAUCUGGAGUUAGUGGGGCUUUACUGGUAGUAAUUCCCAACGUGAUGGGCAUCUGUCUAUGGUCUCCACCGUUAGAUGCUUUGGGUAAUAGUUGUCGAGGGGUACAAUUCUGUGAAGAGCUCAUAAAAAAAUUCAACUUUCACCCCUACGACAACUUAAGACACGCUCCAAACAAAGUUGACCCACGGAAACAUAAAUUCGAAACCAAAGGGUUGAAUGUGGUGAAUUUGUUGUUCUCCGCUGCAGCUGGUGAUUUACCAGCAUUAAGGAGACACAUGCUAAAUGGUAUGGAUAUGAGUUUAGCAGAUUACGAUGGACGAACAGCUCUACAUUUAGCGGCUGCUGAAGGUCACGUUAAUUGUGUUGAAUUUUUGUUAAAACAAUGCAGCGUACGGUAUGAUAUAAAAGAUAGGUGGGGCAAAACUCCACUAGAUGAAGCUUUGGCUUUCGGGCACAGUCCGAUUAUAGAAAUGCUACAGCUAUGGGACGAGCAAGCUUCUAAAAAGGUCCACCAAGAAGAAGAUCCUCCUAUUCCAGGGAUGGCUUAA